CCUUCCCUGGCCACUCUCCCAACCUCCAACCCAUUUUGUUGGAACUGUUGGCACCUCCGCUCCCGACCUCGUCUCCCUUUUUGUCGAGCGCCACUCGUCGUCACUGUCACUCGUUUGGCUUUCCAUCGCCGCUCGUCAUUUUCUGCACGACAACCUUAAAGUUUGACGCUACAAAGGACAAAGUUACAGCACCCGAGGAUUCUGUUUCCUGGCCACGUUCGCUGCAGACGAAUAUCAACAAACACCUGCCACUCCCGCCACCGCCGCGGCCUCCUGGCCGAGUUCACCACCCCUCAUCGCUCUUCUCCUCUCCUCUCUCACUCUGUCUCUACGCCGCAAAAUCGUCGACCGCAGCGACAAUGACAUUCACCAAGAAGAUUGGCCGCGCCCGUCAGUGGGCCGGCGAGAAGAUGGGCGCCGACAAGACGUCUCAGUCGGACGAGUUUCAGAUGCUUGAGGCGGAGAUGGCCUCACGGCAGAGCGGCAUGGAGAGUCUCCAAAAGUCAGCUUCCAUCUACGUCAAGUGGGCAACGCGACGCUGCGACGCCCUCGAGGACAAGGGCCGCAGCCUGCCCAAUACACUACUCGGCCGCUCCAUGACGGUGCACGCCAACGACUUUGAGCCGGACUCGGAGUACGGCAACUGCCUCGCCCAUGUCGGCCGCGCGAACGAGCGCAUCGCCGACCUGCACAGCAACUAUAUCGAGGACUUCACCGCGAGCUGGCUGGAGCACGUCGAACGCGGCGUCGCCAUGAUGAAGGAGUACCAGGCCGCCCGCAAGAAGCUCGAGAGCCGACGCCUCGCCUACGACGCCAGCAUGGCUAAGAUGCACAAGGCCAAGCGCGACGACUUCCGCGUGGAAGAGGAGAUGCGUGUGUGCAAGACCAAGUUUGACGACUCGAGUGAGGACGUGCUCCGACGGAUGCAAGACAUCAAGGAUACCGAGACGGAAAACAUCGCCGCCCUGUCGUCGCUGGUCGAGGCGGAGCUCAACUAUCACGAGAGGGCCGUCGAUGAGCUACGUCGCGCCCGCCAGUCACUUGCCAACCUGAGCCCCGUAGCCGCGUCUCCCCCGCGAGAGAGCUUUGUCCCUCGCACGCGCUCCAACACGGCUCGCUCGUGGCAAUCCGCGAACGCUCGGGACGACGACGACGCACCACCGAUGCCCGCACGCUUGAAGACGCGCCUGCAAGUCCUGCCCGCUCAGCCCCCACCUCAACAACCGCCUAGGCCGUCCAUGGCACGGGCCUCGACGUACGGGCCUCGAAGCGUGUCGGGCUCCAACAGGACGCCAGCGCUGGCACGAAAUCCAACAGACACGGCCACAUACGGCAGAGGAGAAGACGUCUUCACCGACGAUGAGUCGGUGGGCAGCGACGGUGUUAGUCCCGGUUGGGGUAACCGUAGCGCCAGCUCGACAACGAGCUACGACAGUUUCACGCGCGCGCAUAGCGGCCUGGUCAAAAAGGCCCCCCCACCGCCGCCACCAGUCAACAGGGCGACAAAGCCGCCACCACCCCCGGUGCCGGCACGCAGGGUCAACUUGGGCUACUAGGGAGGAAUUGGUGGGACGAGACUCACGUACGUAGAGAGGACCACAAGGCUACAAAUGAGGGUCAGGCGUUUAGGGGGGUAAUAGUGUUGAUCACACGGCGUUAUGUGAUGGCUUGGGCCGUGCGUGAAUCCUUUCGAACAAGUAUGUAGGCAUUUUCAAAACAUUUCAUUGGGCGUAUAAGAUUGUGUAGUUGUA